GGGAGGUCUUUCCUGUUGUUGGCGCAGUGUGUAGCAGCCAAUCAGCGUCCGUGUUAACAUCGCAGCCCGGAAAAAGGAAGCUGAAGCCGAAAAGAGCGCCUUGGUUCAAAGUGAAGACGUUACCUGAAGUGUCCUACCCAUCACUGUGAUCAUGAGUUUCUCCCCUGGUCCGUCCGCUCCCCUCGGGUGCACCACUAUCCAGGAGCAGAGGGACCGCUGGAAGAGAAAAUGCAGCCGAAUAUCCAAAGAGUUGGUCCAGACAGAACAGCGCUACUGCCGGCAGCUGGAGCUGGUCACCACUUACUUUGUGGAGAUCUUGAAGGCCAAAGGAACUCUGAGGGAGGACAUUAGAGAAAGCAUCUUUAGUUCAAUUAAAGCCAUUCAUUCAGUAAACCAGUCUCUGCUGGUCCAUUUGGAAAAUGGCUACCUUGGCCGGGGCUUCGACCAGUUCUGCCCACAUCUGCACUACUACAACACAUAUGUGGACAACAUCUAUAAUGCCAGCAAAGUGCUCGGGAUCCAUCUGAAGAAAAACAAAGCCUUCAGGCGUUUUAAGAAACUACAGGAAGCCCGACCAGAGUUCAACAACCAAAAGCUUGAGGACUUGCUUCAACUCCCCAUUCAACGGAUUGAUCAUACUUGGAAUAGACCCGAGAGGAACCGAGACGUGCAUGCAAUUGUUGGCAAGAUGGCAGACAUGCACAACUCUGCACAAGACGGUGGCAGGUAUAAACAUUUCCUACAAGACCUGACUGCCAACACAAGUCCAGACAACCCAGAGUUUCAGCAGAUCUCAAAGGCGGUGACUGCGAUUUGUGAGGUGUCCCAGCGUAUCCAGAACAAUACCCGGUGCCACGAGAACCACCUGCAGCUUUGCCGGGUGCAGAAACUGCUGAAAGGGCGAAAGACAAAGGUGUUGGCUGCAGGGAGGUGGUACAUCCGUGAGGGCUGGCUGAAGAUGGUUCCUCCUAAAGGUGCAGACGCUAAGCCAAAGAUGUUCUUCCUGUUCUCUGACAUGCUGCUGCAGGCCAAGCGCUGCAGCCCACUGCGAACCACCAGCGGAGACAAGUUUACUGGCCAGCACGCCUACCCCCUGCAGGACUGCACGGUGGAGAAGGUGUUUGGCCACACCAGGAGCCAGGGAGGCCUGCUCAGCUUAACCUUCCCCAAAGCCAAACUCCUGCUGAUGUCCAGCAACCAGGAGGAUCUCAAUGACUGGUACCAAAGUCUGAGCUCAGCUAUCAGGAAGCUGCAGCCUAAGACAGAAGUCCGUCAAAGAGAUGAGUUGUGCCGCAGACCACUCCAUUCAACCGCCAACACACACAGCAGCAGCAACCCCAGCAAGAAGAGAAACAUGAUGAGCAUUGAGACCAGCGAGCAUGCUCAGAAGCCUCCAGUUGAGUGGGAGGGCAGUCCCCCAAAGAAGAUGAAGAAGUCUGACGCUCCAGAGCAGAGCAGUGCCGAGGCGUCCACAUCCAGCUGUGUGAUCCUCUGAUGGAUGACUUCUUCUUCUUCAGACUGUGAAUGGAAUUCAGUCUGAUGAUAGUGGAGCGUGCAGGUCCGUCUGAGAGUUUCUCUUCAGAUUGACUUUUGUGUUCCAGUUCUGCCAAACGUGACACACACACACGCAGCUGUAUGCCUGUGCAGUGACUUAUUUUUACGGCUUAUUUUUUACUAUGCUUUCUAACAUAUCAACAUAUGAGGUCAGGAGAGGUUAGGAUUAUUACUAACAGCAGCUUCAGCUUCUGCUCAUCCUGUGCAAUAUAACCUAUCUUGAUCUGCUGCUUUAAAAACCAAAUAUGUGAUUAAUGUUUAACUGUGAGCAGGGCGCUGCUGCGGAGGUUCAUCUACACUCUGCACGAGUCAGUUCAGGGGCUCUUUUUCAGCCAGUCCGCUUUUUGCACUGCAUUUACAGGCAGACUUUAGAAAAGAAGAGAAAGGAAGAAAUUAAAAAUAACUUUUUGGAUAGGUGGUUAAAGAAAGACACGGCAUAAUAUUCAACUUAGUACAGGUGGCCCCACAGGGCUUGGACUAGGUCCCAUUUUUAAAAAGUAAAUGUGUGACACUUUAUACAGUUAAAGCUUUUCCAUUUUCCAGUUGGUUCUGUCCAAUCAGCUCAUUGGAAGAGUGACUCGUCUUCACCUACAUUCACUUUUCACAUACUGAAGCAAACCGAACGCUCUGUGCAGUGUUGUUUCCUUCACUUUCAUUUUAGUUUUCUUAGAGUUCACUUCAUCAUAGAAAUUUAUAUCCAAAAGGAUUUUUUUUCCCCCAUGACACUUUUUCAUCAUUAUAUUCAUUUCAUGAAUAUUGCGUGGCAGUUGUUUUACACCAGUGCGCCCUUACCUCUGAGCCAAUACAACACAGCCAAUCACCAUCUGGGUUUAUCCAACUAUUUUCUGUUGCUGUCGUUUGUCCCACAUGACCUGAACGCAUCAGUGCUGCUGCUCUUUUCUCAAUCUAAUCAAAGGAAAUGAUUUUAACCUUCCUUGGAUUACCAGAUAUACAGUAGUUAUCUUACUUGUGAGAAACACUGGGGAAUAACUAUUCUUAUAAUAUUAAUUGAAUGAGUGCAUCAGCUGCACUGGAUUCUACAAAUGACAAAAGUCUCUGUGUAGAUUUCUGUGCAGUAUCUGCAUCCAGGAAAGAAACCCUGGUUAACAGAUAUAAUGUUCUACAUGCUGACUGUCUGGUUAUCAUGUCCUUUAUCCUUUUAUUAUAUAUUUUAUUUACAAACCAACAAAUAUUUGCUUCAUCUGCAUUAUACUUUAUAUAUUUUAUUUUAAUGUGUAUUUUACAGAUUUGUUUUCCUAUUGUACAUCUGUUUGCUAAAUCCCAAGCUGUUACACUGGUUAGAAAUCAUGAUUGGAGAUGGAAAUAAUGGAAAUGUCCCAAUAAAACGUGUGUGUGUGUGUG